CCCAUCAUCUCGUUUACGACUUACUACAUCAAAAUACUUAAUUUCAUGCUCAUUGCUUUCAUAACAGAAAGAAGUAAAACCCUCUAUUUCUGGUAGUAAUAAUGAAGGUUUAUACCUUGAUGUGUCUUCUAUUAGCCACCCUGGCCACCAUGACACAAGGCCAGACAAGGGUUGGGUUUUAUAGCACCACAUGUCCAAGGGUUGAAACCAUAGUACGAAAUGCGGUUCAGACUGCUGUUCGAGCCGACCCCACACUUGCAGCUGGUGUACUAAGAAUAUUCUUCCAUGACUGCUUUGUCAAUGGUUGUGAUGGGUCCGUACUACUUGACGGGCCAUCAAGUGAAAAGACCGCACCACCCAACGUCCCCUUGAGAGGAUUCGAGGUUAUCGAUGCUGCAAAAUCUCAGCUCGAAACCGCCUGCCCUGGAGUGGUCUCUUGUGCUGAUAUUGCUGCCCUUGCUGCCCGUGACGCGGUGGUCCUGGCUGGUGGAACUAGUUGGCAAGUGCCAUUAGGACGUAGAGAUGGAUUGGUUUCACAAGCAUCUGAUACUGUAAACUUACCUGGCUUUAAUGAUCCUAUUAGUGUCCAAAUCAGAAAGUUUGCUGAUAAAAAUCUUAACAUCCAAGAUCUUGUUACUCUUGUUGGUGGACAUACAAUUGGAACAGGUGCUUGUGUAGUGUUCAGCUACAGGCUAUACAACUUCAACAACACCAACCAACCCGACCCGGAUAUCAACCCAGCAUUCCUUCCCCAGCUCCGAGCCCUUUGUCCCAAUGGCGGAGAUGGGUCGAGACGCGUGGCCUUAGACACAGGCAGCGUUACGCGCUUCGAUAACUCCUUUUAUGCAAACUUGAGGAAUGGAAGGGGAGUUCUUGAAUCCGAUGCAAAGCUAUGGAGUGACCCGACAACACGACCGAUCGUCCAACGGUUCCUCGGACUUAGUGGACUACUUGGAUUAACAUUUAAUGUUGAGUUUGGAAGAUCCAUGGUAAAGAUGGGUAACAUUGAGUUGAAAACUGGGAGUCAAGGAGAAAUCCGAAGGGUUUGUAGGGCAACCAACUAAUAAUUGUGUUUGUCGUUUCAUAUAAAUAAGUUGCUUGCUAGUAUGAAGUAUCCUAAUCUUUUCUUGUUUAAUGAACAAGAGAGAUAUGUUUAUAGUUUGUGUUUCAUACAGGAAUAAUUAAGUUGUUGUAUCAUCAUCUUUUCUCUAAAAAGGAGAGAAUAAAUUAAUAAGACUGAAUGAAUUCGACGUGUA